UAGUAGUGUGUAUAUUGGCUGGAGAAUUUUGUCUAGGACUUAAUAUGGAUCAAAGGCGUGCGAUUGUCAACGUUGACGUUGGUGUAGAUGAUUACUACGCACUACUAAUUUUACUUUAUGCGGAAAAACGAGGCGAAUUAAAAAUUGAAGCUCUCGUUUGUUCGUCUGGAAAUACUAACGUCACUAAUGUAUUGAAAAAUACCGUAAGACUAUUGGAAUUAGUGGAUAGAACAGACAUUCCUGUCUAUAAAGGCGUGGGCGAAGCCUUUAUUAGACACACAACCGCAGAUGACUAUUUUGGAAAAGAUGGCUUUGGAGAUCUUGAAUACGAUAAAGAGCCGAACCUGGAUGUUGUGAAAUCAGAUUUAGCAGCAAUUGGACUGAAUGAGUUAAUUACUGCAAAUCCUGGAGAAAUUUCUCUAAUAUGCUUAGCUCCUUUGACAGAUAUCGCUGUAACAUUGAAGCUGUUCAGUGAUUUUUCUUCUAGUGUUAGGGAUAUUUGGAUUUUGGGAGGAAAUUACCGUGCUACACAUCCAUCAGGAGUCAAUACUGAGUUCAAUUUUCUUUACGAUCCCGUAGCUGCUCAUAUAGUUUUUGAAAAUGUUUUAUUACCAAGGAUCUAUAUCUACACUUACGAAGGAUUUUCUCAGAGUACAAUUACUUAUGAGUGGAAAUACAACGUAUUAGGUAGCCAAACACCAACAAUGGCCUUAGCAACUAGAGCUGAAAAAUCUAUAGGUCGCGAUCAGUUAAACAGUACUUGGGAUCAUGCCGAUGCCAUUUUGGCUUUCUGUUUUGUUAAACCCGAAAGUUGCGUUUUAGAAAGUCAACUUCGUAGUGUCGAUAUUGAACUUAAAAAUCAGGAAAAACUUGGAUGGAUUAUCUGGGAUCCAGAUAACAAGAGUAAAAAUGUUCAGUUGAUCGAAACUGUAGAUCAGGAGGCUAUAAAGAGCUAUUUGUUGGAAGUAACUAACUAUUUAUAAGGUGAUUAAAUUGAACAGCAAAUAAUAAAUUCACGUAUAGCUCAAUUUUUACUUUCAGAAAUAAGAAUGAAUUAACAUGAUUAGAUAAUGCUUUAUUGUCAAAAAAAAAAAAAAUUACAUAAUUUGUAGACAAAGCCUUAAAUUGAAAUCAAGAUACUGAAUAUAUUAAACAUACAAAAGUUAAAUAUUUGUUUUUGAGAUUAAGAAAAUUCCUAUAGCCUUUCUUAUAAGUAUCUUUACAUUAUUAUUUAUUCUAAGACCCGCAAUAUAAGUAGCGUUUUCACUGAAAAUUAGUCCGGGUCCGGGACAAGCAGAUUCGACCGAGGAUGCCAC